AAAACCGGUAAAAAUCUGAAACUGCUUGCACUGUCUGCACAGGUUUGCAAUAAACAACUACAGUAUGAUCGAGAAGGUUCAUUAGAAAGUAUGAUAACCUUUUUUCUGUGUUAUAUAUUCUUAUGCUCCAGUGCCAGCUGCCAUCGUGUCCAUCAUCCACCCAUCACUGUCGGGGAGGUGAGAAAGGGUGCUCUCAAAGUUGUUCCUCGCGAGACAAGUUCAUGGUAAAGAGAAUUCCCAUAGUGAUGGCGGCGCCGCCUGACACGGACAGUUUGGAGGCACGUAUCAACAAGGCCACAAACCCACUGAACAGAGACACAGAUUGGGACGGCAUCCAGGCCUUCUGUGACCAGCUCAACAAUGAUUUGGAGGGACCCCAGCUGGCCACCAGGCUACUGUCUCACAAGAUCCAAUCUCCUCAGGAGUGGGAGGCCAUGCAGGCACUUGUGGUGCUGGAGACGUGCAUGAAGAGCUGUGGGGAAAGGUUCCACAGUGAGGUGGGCAAGUUUCGCUUCCUCAACGAGCUCAUCAAAGUGGUCUCUCCAAAGUACCUCGGCAGCCGGGCUCCAGAGCCAGUGAAGAAGAAGGUGUUGGAGCUCAUCUAUAGUUGGACACUGGGGCUGCCUGACGAGGCAAAGAUCGCUGAUGCCUACCAGAUGCUUAAAAAACAGGGCAUUGUCAAACAGGACCCAGUUCUUCCAGCUGACAAACUCCUCCUGCUUCCACCUCCCAGACCAAAAAAUGCCAUAUUUGAGGAUGAGGAGAAGUCAAAGACACUGACUCGCCUGUUGAACAGCACUCAACCUGAGGACCUGAAAGCAGCCAACAAACUGAUCCAGCAAAUGGUGCAGGAGGACCAGAAGCGGGCGGAGAAGUUGUCCAAGCGUGUGAACGCCAUCCAGGAUGUGAAUGAGAGUGUCAGCCUACUGACUCAGCUGCUGGAGGACUAUGACCGGACCACCAACCCACAGAGCAAUGCAGAGCUCAUCCAGGACUUGUACCAGCGCUGUGAGAAGAUGAGACCCACAUUGUUCAGACUGGCCAGUGAUACAGAGGACAAUGAUGAGGCUCUGGCGGAGAUCCUCCAGGCCAAUGACAGCCUGACUCAGGUCAUCAACCUGUACAGGCAGCAGGUGAAGGGAGAGGUGGUGAACGGGAACAACUCAGCUAAUACACAAAGGCUCACAGGAGGUAGUGUGGCACUACUUGAUCUAUCGGGAUUGGAUACGUCACCUCCAUCACCAGAAUUCUCCACUCCAACAGACAGCCUAAAUGCUCCCUCCCAGGAGAUGGGCAUCCGUCUCCUUGAUGAUGAGCUAAUGUCACUGGGUUUGAGUGAGGGGACCCCCCACACACCCAACCCGGCCUCCCAGCCUGAGGACUCUACCACCUGGGACUCUUUCCAGUCUUCCGACAGUGUGGAUAUUACUGAUAUCCCAGCAGCGCCUAGUGUACUACUGAGUCCAGAUCCGCUCCCCUACACCCAGCCUCUUUCUACUGGAGCCACGUCUGGAAGCUCAGCCUUAGAUGAGUUGGAUCUGCUGGGGAAGAAGCUGCUACAGCAGUCCCUACCUCCAGAGGGCCUGCAGGUCAAAUGGGACAAGCCUCCGUUCAAACCUACUCUACGAGAUCUCCAGAACAAAUCUGGAAGUAAUCCAAGUCCUAUCCCGGCCUUCUCCCCUGAGCACCCGGUGGCUCUCCAAGGUGAUAGGUUGUUGGACACCUCUCCGGUUCACACAGUCAUUCCCCCUAUAGAAAUGACCCUGACAGAUAUUUUUGUGCCGCUUGAGUCCAUUAAGCCCAGCAGCCUGUUGCCUGUGACGGUGUUUGAUAGCCACAGUUUGCGGGUGCUCUUCCACUUUGCACGUGACACUCCGUCCUCUCUUGCUGAUGUGCUGGUGGUGAUCAUCUCCAUGCUCUCUUCCGCCCCGGUUCCAGUCAGCAACAUCCUCUUUCAGCCCUCUGUCCCUGACACAAUGAGAGUGAAGCUACAGCCCCCAUCAGGAACAGAGCUUCCAGCCUUCAACCCAAUCCUCCCACCUGCUGCCAUCACACAGAUCCUGCUGCUGGCCAACCCUCACAAGGAGAAGGUGCAGUUGCAAUACAAGCUAACCUUCACGCUAGGAGAGGAAGACCAUGAUGAAAGAGGAGUUGUAGCACAGUUUCCACCUUCAGACACAUGGGGCAAUCUUUAACAUUCAACAGAUUGACAAGAUUUGGCAUCUCACUCAGACACGGCAUAAACCUUUAUAAAAAUGCUUCUAUUUCUAUUGAUUACCUUGCUUAGCCAAUCACAACGGUGUGUUUGCUUUAUGCUUUGGAGGAAUGUCCUCUGUGCAGCUUUACAGAACUUUAUUUGGCUGCUUUCAAACAUACACUGUCUGCUGUGCAAUAGUACUGUCACAGCCAUGUCUUGUUUUUAACAAAUAAGUUGUCCUUCAUUCAUCGAAUUUCCACUGUUUCUCCUUUCAUGCAAUGGGCCCUUUGGGAGGUUUUGGCUCAUCUUUAUCUUUGAGUCUUUUUUUUUUAUAUAGCUGUUGAAUGCCCUGCUGAAUUACGGUUGACGUUGCGUUUACCCUGCCAUGCGCCCAGGUUUGCUUACUGUGAUAAUGAAGGAUCAUUCUUCCUCUCCUUCUGCACGGAGAAUGGUUUGCCUGAUAUCCUUGUCAUGUAGAAUUAGACAUUCUAACACUGAAGUCGUAUUUAAUCUGCCAUUUGUGCCUAUUUAAGGAUUGUUUUCACUAUCAAGUCCCUUGAGGGUUUGUUGGUUUUACCUGUUACUCGUUUGAUCCAUAAAUCUUUUCAGACAUUGA